CAAGGUUAUUCCUAGGCCCCGUCUUUUGAACUUGUUGUGAUUACUUCCACUAUCUUUCGGCCUUCAGGCAGUUAGCACCGAAUAAUGCUUGGUAGAGAUUGAUAUUUAAAAUAUGGCCGGUGAAGAAUCGAUAAAAAUUAAAUUAAUCCUGUUAGGAGAUUCAGGUGUGGGGAAGACAAGUUUAAUUCGUCGAUUUGUUGAUGACCGAUUUACACACAAUGAAGCGGCGACGAUCGGUUUCGAUUUCAAACCAUAUCAAAUGGUUGUAGACGGAAGAACAAUUCAGUUUAAUAUAUGGGAUACAGCUGGUGUUGAACGAUACAGUAGUUACUUGACUCCUUCGCUUUACCGCCACGCUCAUGGUGCUCUUUUUGUAUACGAUGUUACUUCCGCACAAAGUCUUUCCGGAGUGAAAUACUGGGUAGAACAAACCAGACAAUUCUGUGGUAGUCGACUUUUAAAAAUGCUUGUUGGCAAUAAAAUAGACUUGGAUAAUCGCAUAGUUUCAAAAAAAGAAGGUUCAGAUUUCGCUCGAAGUAUGGGGUCAAUCUUUGUUGAAACCAGUGCAAAAACAAGUGAGAAUGUCCGUGAUGCUUUUGUAGAACUUGUUCGUAAAAUACUUCAAGAUCCUGAAUUCCUGUCAUCAACGUCAACGUCACAACCACUUCAAGGAGUAUCCUUUGAAUCUACUCAACCCAGCUCAUCAUUAACAUGUCCUUGUUAAUAUUAGAGGGAAAUUCACAAGAACGCUGGGAAAUACAUUCAGAUAAUCUGGGAUCAAAUACAAUCGACAAUAAACCAAUCAAUCCUGCUUUAAAAUGCAAAGAAAUCAACUGCAAAUUUUUUAAAAUAACUGUGAUUUUACUUAUUCGUAUAUUCAUUCUUCCAUCGUUUUUUAUAUAUACAUAUUCAAUCAUAAUCUAAUGUAUUGAACAAGUGCUUAUUCGUAUGAGAACGCCGUGCUAUGAUAUAACAUUACUGAGUUAUAUCUCUCUUUCUUGUAAUUAAAUUGAUCAUACAUUUUUGUCAUUAUCUUUGUUCAACAUAAUAAAAAUUAGACCAUCCUUUUUCAUGAAAUACUUGUGAAGUAUGAGAAAUCAUUCGAUACAACAUAGAAUACAUAUUAUGAUUCGGAUUUGGUAUGCAAGCAUUAUAUUUACUACAUCCUUUUUAAUGUUAUCAUCCUGUGGUACUAAUCCAUGAAGUUAUUGACUGUUGAUUUGAGCCAUGGUGGUUAGGUGUAGACUAUCUGGUUAAGGCUCGAGGGAUUAUCAUAACAAUAGUCACAUAUGUUAAAUGACAUGAUUCGGAAUCAGUAUUAACAACGGAAAUGCACUCAUUCAUUAUCUGUCCUUAGAUCCUGAGUUUCAAAGAUAUGUCACACUUUUUAUCCUGUCGAGAUAUCGUGUUAUAUUUGGCGGUUAUGCGAUUCUGAUGCUUAUAUGUAUCCUUCUUUCAUGUGAACCCAACAUGUUACUCGAGUAAGAAGACAAGAAAUAAGUACCAAACUGUGUUGGUUAAACUUAUUCAAAGUGUACAGAAGCUCACCAAGUUAUCAGACCCUAUCACCUCUCCCUAUUGAGAAAUCGAUCUUCCUCUUAAGGUUUAGCUGCAAAAGUUGCACUGGGGGUACAUUAAAUUCUUUAAUUUCAAACCAUAUUUUUUGUGCAUCGUUUUUACUAUCACAGAUAUUACUAUUACUUCUACUCUGACAUAUGUCCUCAUUAUCUCACCUGUGAUGUAGUGUGGCGAAUUCAACGGAUGUAGAUAUGUCUCACGUUCUCUACUUUGCUUAUAACCGACUCACUCAUUUCGUUGAUUUCCACAUAAAUACACAGUUUACUUUCAAGGAUAUUACAACUCUUUACCACUAACUUCCUUUUUUCUACUCAAUCUUAUAAUUUCUGUUUUUCACAGAGUUAUUCUUAUCGUUGAUUUAGCUCGUAUCGGAACUUAACGCGUAUUUUGCAUGUAUUUUAACUGUGCAUCAUAAUCCAGAGAACCGAAAACACAAUACCAGUACUGUAACUGGUUUGCGAUGAAUGUGUCUAUGUAUCUCAGAGGUAGUAUAUCUUGAGGACUUACAAGUUACAGUUGGACAGUUUCUUCGCUUUACUUAAACUAGAAGUAUCUAAUCACAGAUACGAUGAAUUAUAUUUCUAAACCACAAGGGUAUAUGGGAUCGGAUAAUUUUGAAUAUUCGGUAAAAUAUUUCCUAAUUAUCGAAAUAUUUAAAAUAGUUCAUGUAUUCUAUUCAGGCUUUAGUGUUUACGAUAUAAGAAUUUUGCUCUGCUGAACUUAGUCAGGAAAAUCUACUUUUCGACUAAUGUUUCUGUCUAGCAAUCAUUGAAGCUUUUUUAUAACCUAUUGGAGGAAUCUAUUAUCAAUUCGG